GGGGCGCCGCGGAACCGGCGAUGCUGCUCUUCUGCCCGGCCUGCGGCAACGUGCUGGUGGCCGAGGAGGGGCCGCGCUGCCACCGCUUCGCCUGCACCACCUGCCCCUACGUGCGCAACGUUACGCGGAAGGUGACGAGCAGGAAGUACCCGCGGCUGAAGGAGGUGGACGACGUGCUGGGCGGCGCCGCGGCCUGGGAGAACGUGGACUCCACGGCAGAGCCGUGCCCCAAGUGCGAGCACCCCCGCGCCUACUUCAUGCAGAUCCAGACGCGCUCGGCCGACGAGCCCAUGACCACCUUCUACAAGUGCUGCAACGCGCAGUGCGGGCACCGGUGGCGGGACUGAGGGCCCCGGCCCAGCCCCGGCCGCCCGGGGCCUGAGGGGGCCGCGGGGCCUGGCUGCCGCGGCCGCGGGGGGGGCCUGGCC